UUCCUGGUACGGUCCUUACUUUACAGAGGAGGGAGAAGUGGCCGAUAGAGGGGUAGGAGGGAUGCGGGCUGCGUAGGAGCUCCGGGAGCCGAAACUCGCGGGCCUGGAAGAAGGUGAUCCUCCAGCAGGUCAGGCGAGCCUCGCGUCCCCAGUCUCGGGAGAACUCGCACUAGGAGCAGCCUCCGUCAUCCCGCAGUUCGGGGUCCUGGGAAGAGCCCUCCAAGCCCUGCCCUGCGCUGUUUUGGACUGUCCUGCCUCCCAGACCCUGGGUCUCUUGCUUCCCUGCCCCCACAGGUCCCAUGCAGAGGGCUGAAUCCCAGUCUGCGUUUUCUCUCCCAGUUUCAGACCUCCCUGGGCAUUCCCUGGUGGCUCCAUUCUGGAGCGCGCCCUGUAGAGCUCUGACCCCAGUCAUCCCAUCUGGGAUCCCAAGGUUGGAGUCCUGCCCUCUGUAAAUCGCAGUUGGGCAGCCUAGUGCCCAGGAGGAGAGGGGAAUGAGCUCUCCCUGUCUGGGAUCCUUCUCCCUCCCCAGCUCAGUCUGCAGACGACCAAGGACUGGCCCAAGCAGGUACUGGGUCAAAUCCUGACACCACAGCAGGAGGGAAAAUAGAAGAUUUAUUAAAAGGGAGCCUGGAUUCAGAGGGCAUGGCCCCCGGGAGCGGCCGAGCCCCAGCCCAGCAGACAGUGACAUUUAAGGAUGUGGCUGUGGACUUCACCCAGGAGGAGUGGGGCCUCUUGGACCAUCCUCAAAAGGAAUUGUACAAGGAGGUCAUGGUGGAGAAUGCCCAGAACCUGCUCUCCCUGGGGUUUCCAGUUCCCAGAGAAGAUGUGAUCUCCUAUUUUGAGCAAAGGGAAGCACCAUGGAUGCUGGAGCAAGAAGGCCUGAGGAGCCUCUGUCCAGAAAGAGAAAUCAGACUUGAAGUGAAGAAGACUCCUGCAGUCCUAAACCUUUCUGUGGAAGAAACUCAGGAGCAAAGAUUGAUGGGUGAUGGUCCCUGUGACUUCACUUGGAGAGAAAUCUCUGCUCUUCAAUGGGGAAUCCACACUGGAGAGAAACAUUAUGAAUGCAAUCAAUGUGGAAAGGAUUUCACAGUCAGCUCCAGUCUUAGAGUACAAGAGAACAUCCACACGGGAGAGAAACCUUAUGAAUGUAAUCAGUGUAGAAAGGCUAUUACAAACAUGGCCAACCUUAGAGGACAUCAGGGAAUCCACUCUGGAGAGAAAACUUAUGAACGUAAUCAGUGUGGAAAGGCUUUUAAAAAGAGGGUGAAUCUUAUUGUACACCAUAGGAUCCACACUGGAGAGAAUUCUUAUGAUUGUAAUCAAUGUGGAAAGGCUUUUACACAGAGGACUCAUCUUAAUGAACAUCUGAAAAACCACACUGGAGAGAAACCUUAUGAAUGUAAUCAAUGUGGAAAGACUUUUACACGGAGGUACCAUCUUAUGGUACAUCAGAGAAUCCACACUGGAGAGAAACCUUUUGAGUGUAAUCAGUGUGGAAAGGCUUUUACACAGAGGGCCAAUCUUACCCCACAUCAGAGAAUCCACACUGGAGAGAAACCUUUUGAGUGUAAUCAGUGUGGAAAGGCUUUUACAAAGAGGGCGAAUCUUACUGUACAUCAGAGGAGUCAUCUUAAUAAACCUCUGAAAAACCACACUGGAGAGAAAUGUCAUGAAUGUAAUUGGUGUGGAAAGACUUUUACACGGAGGUACCAUCUUAUGCUACAUCAGAGAAUCCACACUGGAGAGAAACCUUUUGAGUGUAAUCAAUGUGGAAAGACUUUUGCACGGAGGGCCAAUCUUACCCUACAUCAGAGAAUCCACACUGGAGAGAAACCUUUUGAGUGUAAUCAGUGUAGAAAGGCUUUCACAACUAGGGACAAGCUUGGCUUACAUCAGAAAAUCCACACUGGAGAGAAAUCUUAUGAAUGUAAUCAGUGUGGAAAGGCUUUUACACAGAGGACCAAUCUUACCCUACAUCAGAGAACCCACACUGGAGAGAAACUUUAUGAAUGCAAUCAGUGUGGAAAGGCUUUUUCACACAGAUCCUGUCUAGCGAACCAUCAGAGAAUCCACACUGGAGAGAAACCUUAUGAAUGCAAUCAGUGUGGAAAGGCCUUCAGAGUGUGCUCCACUCUCAGAAUACAUCAGAACAUCCACACUGGAGAGAAACCUUAUAAAUGCAAUCAGUGUGGAAUGGCCUUCAGAGUCAGCUCCAGACUAAGAAUACAUCAGAACAUCCACACUGGAGAAAAACCUUAUGAAUGUAAUCAAUGUGGAAAGGCUUUCAGAAUUAGCUCCAGUCUGAGAAUACAUCAGAACAUCCACACUGGAGAGAAACCUUAUGAAUGUAAUCAGUGUGGAAAGGCUUUUACACAGAGGACUCAUCUUAAUAAACAUCAGAGAAUCCACACUGGAGAGAAGCCUUACGAAUGUAAUCAGUGUGGAAAGGCUUUUAGCGUUAGAUCCAGUCUUAGAAUACAUCAGAACAUCCACACUGGAGAGAAACCUUAUGAAUGUAAUCAGUGUGGAAAAGGUUUUACACAGAGGAUUCAUCUUAAUAAACAUCACAGAAUCCACACUGGAGAGAAGCCUUAGGAAUGUAAUCAGUUUGGAAAGGCUUUUAGAGCCACCUCCAGUGUAGUUAAACAUCAGACAAUCCACGCUGGAGAAAAUACAAUCCCUGUGUUAAAGCCGUCAGGCAAAAGUCACCCCUCUCUUCACAUCAGACAAUUCAUAUAAGAUCCAAAUCUCAUCACUGACGUGACUGAGCAGAGGCAUGUAAAUGGAGUACAGAGCUUCGUAGACAGCAGAAAAUUCUGCAUAUGAGCCAUUUAUGGAUUCAGUGUGAAGAAAGCCUUCAACCAGAAAUCCUCUCUUAUCCUCUCCUCAAUGGAUUCUGUUAAGAUUUUUACUGAGCCAGUCUCUACCCUGAGAAUCCUUGGAGUCACACAAAGCAGGCCUAGAAACUGGAGUGCCAGUAAUCAAAUUGUCUAAUUGAUGUCAGAAUGAGGAAUGUUCCCUUAGGUGAAGUAAAAGCAUAGGUUUUAUACUUAAGUCACAACUGGGGAAGGAGGGGAGAAGGUGGAUUCCAAAGAAUCUUUUAAUGAUUUCUCACAAGAAACCCAGAAGUCCCACAACAAAAUUCUGGAGUCAUGUCUUUGGGGGUGAUAACCACCUCCCCUAAAGUAGAGAACCAGAGUUCUGUGAGAGGAAUAGUUUCUCCAACUUUGAUCCACUUCCCUGAAGGUCCAGUGAUUGUGAUCUUUGUCAGUUUUGAUUAAUUGAUUUCAGCUGCAUUGUGAGCUCUGAGUUCCAAGCCAGAGAGCCAGCUCUUGAAAAAAUUAAAUAAUUAGCAUAUUCAUUAUACAUAUGACAUUGAUUAAUGUGAAAAUUGUAAAUUCCUUUCUCAAUACAUACUAGGAAGAAAUUAUGAAUGUGUACCACAAGGACAUGGCUUUCUCUGGAACAUGGAGGUUACUGGUGAAGGAUAAAUUUUCUCUGAUUAUACCAGAAUGCUGAAAUAAGUCAUGGCAUCCCACCAGGUUGAAAAACUAAAAACGGAGGAAAUAGGGUCAUAAACUCUAGAACUGAGUAAUGAAGACACCUGGAUGUUGUCAAAAACAGAAUGUCUCCAGAAUUAUGCAAUGAACUCGCAUCAAUAUUAUGUCAACUGCAGGAAAAUGUUUGAUGACAGGAAGAAAUGAGAGGGGUUUGAUCAAGGGUGUAAAAAGUGGGGUAAUUUGAGUAAAUUUUGUGAUCUCGUGUAGGCCACUUAUAUAUAUGUAUUAGCCUAUGUUCAGGCUACUGCCUAUGACAAUCAAGAAACUUCUCAUUCACUGAUUUUUGUAACCCAACAGUCAUGCUGAUGAGGAAGGCUUUCCCCUGAUGGACUUGAAGAGUAGGACCAUUGUGUAAAAAAGCAUCUGCUUCUAGGAAGGUAAGUGGUGCUGCCAUUUCUAUUUAAUCAGCCUCCCAUGUUUGUUCCUGCUCAACUAGCUUGGCAGGGGAAUGGAAAGGAGCAACCAACCACACAAGAAGCCCCUGGGCUGAUAGUCACAUACAAUCCAAGGCUCUGGACAGUCAAAGGGACCUCCUGAAACUCCUCUACAGUAGAUGGUUUGUGUCUUGGUAAAUCUAAAUAGACUGUUUACUGUGGCCAGAUCAACUAAAGCAAACAGGGCGAAAAUGAACACUUGCUGAAUUUGCAAAGCCUUCAAGAAGACAAUCUAUCUCUUUGUUUUUCUAACUCUGCUCAAGCAGAGAAGAGACACAUAAGGGGGCAACAAUUUUUUUUUCCAGUCUACAGAAAUUUAUAGUGUCAUUAAGUAAAAUUUAAAUUUAUGACUUUAAGAAGGCAGGUGGAGCCCUGAUGUCCCAGUAAGGGCAGAAACUCACUUGAACGCUCCCAAAUCCUCCUCAAAACAAUGAAAUGAUGCUUUGAAUCCAAUUCUAGAUAGGAAGAAGAAACAAAAAGUCAGAAUGAAACAGUGUUCGAACCCAAGAUAACUUAGGAGGCCGCAAGUAAAAUGAUGAUGGUUGGGCCUGGAAAACAGUGUGAUUGGAGUGCUCUCAGCUUACUGGCAGUAGAAGGGUCAGACAACUGUUCAGAAGAAGAUUAUAAGGAACCUUUGCUGGCUUUGGGCCCAGGACCAUCUUAUAUUGUACAGACAGUUUCACUUCACAAUCCCCGAGUAAAGGGAAGAGAGAAGGAAAGAAUUUGGAACUCAGUUUUUUUUUUUUCUGGGAUGGUUUAAAUUUUGUUUUUACAUGUAAUUGGAAAAAAUAAAAUGUGGAAUUUUUCACAC